ACCGCAGCCCGUGCCCCCCGGCUUCUCGAGGAUCCUUGUUGACAUUCGUUUAACCAACACUGCAGUGCUCAAAUCUUCCAUGUUAUUGAUUGCAACGCCGUAUGACUACCCUCGCCCGUACAACAGACGCUUUCUGCUCUCGUCGACAAUGGUAGCCUCCUGGCACCAGACAAUCACCGGUCGCUAUCAUGCGAGAGCGAGAGCCGCCCCAACGACCCCCGUCCCGUUCUCGACGGUCACCCCUCCCGACUAUGCCGACAAAUAAACAAACCAAACCGAACACUUCCAAACCACUCACACCAGCCCUCAGUUCGAACUUCCGCAAUGCCAGAACUCCUUUGACCCCGCGAGUGGUGGGUUCUGCCCAGUCGUCGCCGUCGUUGUCCACCCGCAGGGAGCCUUUCGUGAGGUCGAUUUCUCCUGGCAAAUCCGAUCAGGUGACAACACCGUUGAAUGGCAAUAUCACGCCUCGAUCGGGAGCAAGGCUAUCACGAAUUGGAACAGAGUCUCCUUCGACGCCAGUACCGGUCAAGAAUACAAACAAUGGGUCACUUGCAAACGAAAGCGCCCGGAAACAGCCAUCGCAACCUGCCACAGUCCAGGCUCAAGGUCUGGGCAUAAAUACCCCGAAGCUGGCAGCUGGAACAAGCACACCUGUUGUGACUGUCCAUAGAAGAAUAUCUGGUGCAAAGAGCAUGGUAGAAAGCGAUAAGGUCGUGUCAGCGAAGUUCUUUCAUGCAAACGAUGCGAAAUCCACCGUCGGAUCACCUGGAUUAAGUGAAAGUCCUCGCAUCUCGCCUGGUCGAGGACACUUUUUCGUGGGAUCACCGCCGCUGAGCACCGAUUCCAAUCAGUCAUCAAAGGCGGCAGCGACUACGAAAACAAAUGAUCUCGACGAUAAAUUCUUCAGGGCUGAUGACAUCGCGCAACAUGCACCGUCUAAGCGUCCGGAUCUUGUUAGAAUAAAGACCGCGGGGGCGGGCAGUGUAACAUCCAUAUCAAAAGGGCAGACUCCUCCGACAGGCACUCGGGCAAUCCAGUCAAGCCCGCCGCUGUCUCCCAAUAAAACCCAACGGUCUGUUGCUCCCCUUCCACCCUCGCCUCGAGGUGUCCCAGGGGCCCGAAGGACUUCUCCUCCAGCACUCCCGCGCCCGGCGUUGGAUCGACCGAAGAGUGCGACAGGCUCGACAACUUCUCCUGCUGCUGCUGCUUCUCCAGGAGGCCACAGGAAGUCUGUCAGCUCAAGUUCGGUGGCAACCGCACCUGUCCGGAGAUUCAGCGGUCAGCUGGCUCAGGGGCCACAUUCUUUAGAUCUUCGGCUUGCAACAAAAGAUGCUGCUCGGCUACCCACAACCCAACUCCUGUCUCCCGCCACAACCAGCCCUAGAUCAGUGAGCUUGGCUUCGACAAACACCAUCCCCACUUCCGUCACAAGCGAAGCAGACCACUCAGAAGCGGCGAAGCCAUCUCCAGCCUCGGUGAACGCACCUGAAAGUGCAGGAGAGCAAGCGGUGCCGCCGGUGCAACCUCAAAACGACGAAGCUGCCAACGCACGUAGGGAACGCAAAGUGCUCGAUUUGGAGAUAUCUAAUUCAUCCCUGCUGGCCAUCAACAAGACUCUGGAACGCGAACUACGCAAGCAAAGCGGCGAGCUGCGGAGAUAUCGGCGUCUCUCUCGCUCCGGACGACUAUCUUUGGCAGCAUCUACCCGAACAGCGUCAGGGCAGUCCAAUUACAGUCUUGACACAGUUACUGAGCACGAUGACGAAGAUCAAUUUCUUUCCGACAUGGAUCACGAAAGUGAUAUGGACGAUCUGGAUGACGAGGAAGACUCACUUUUGUCUAACGACUCCAGUUCCUUUACCAGCUCCACCGCCCGAUCACGGCAACGUGCCAGGGACGAAAAGCGAUUGCUUCUUGAUCUUUCCAAACAUCAACAGCUCCUCAUUGACUCGCAGAAGCUCAGCCAGAGUAUAAAGCGCUGCCUUACUGUGACGGAAGAGCUGAUCCGCGAUGGCAAUAAAGCAUUAGACUAUAGAGUUGGAAUCGGCGACGUGAAACUGGGUGGCAGAGUCUUGCACGAUGACGAGCUCGAUGAACGAGGGUUUGACACUGGGAACCCGGAGCAGGAGGGGGCAAAGGCACUUCUGAGUCCUGCUCUGGCAACGUCGAAACAUGACGAUGUCGUUCACCCUUGGCCUGCUGACCAUGCAAUCACAUCCGCGACCGAAUCCUCCGCCUUGGCUCUGCUGCAAGAGAUUACCGACCGGUUAGAGACAGACACGGCUGCUGCUGCCACGAUGGAAUAGAUGGAUGGGUACAAUGGGUGGUUCUCAACUCCCUCAAAUGGGCAUCUUGCGUGUUUCCGGCAACAUUUCUGGUCGACAUGCGAGACCCGCUUUUUCUCUCACUCACGAAGUUAUGAUAACCCAAGUUUGUUGGCAUUGCGUUGCAUUGGUAUCUCGAGAGCGCGCUGGCCGGAUCGGAUCAGCAUGACACUUUUCUUUUGUUCUUUUUCGCUUUUUAUAUUCUGCUGUGUUGGGUGUCACAGUGCUAUACUACCUAAUGGUAAUCCAGCAAGACAGUUUUGAUAGUCCCUGGAAUUUUUACAGUUGGCUGCGGCGUCGUGGAGAUGGCGUGUUGGGUUGUUUUGUUGUUAAUGUAUAUGCGUUCAGAUCCUGUCCGAAGAUGAUACCCCCCACAACCGCGAAUUUUGCACCAAGAUACUCGAGGUCUGAUGGCUGCGCAAACAUUGGAGGAAUGUUAGUAUUACGGUUACAGCUUGGAGGGGAUCCUUGGUCAAGAGCAGUUCGCCUCUCACAUCGGUAUGAUGGCAUUUUUUCUCCCGCGGUGCCGGGAAAGAAGAGGAACAGCAUAAACCUUCAAGCUGGUUUCAACACAGUACUGUAGGACAGAUAUACUCUGGCAUUGGAGGUUUUUAUAUAAUAAAUCAUCCAAUCCAUCUGUUUUAUUCUCUCCCA